AUGUCUUGCUCUAGUCAAGCGGAUGCUGAUGAUUCCUCUGAAAAGCAAGCCAUCCAAGAUACAGAUCCAAAGCCACUUCAGCCAUCAACUUCUCAAACUGGUCAGGAAUUAACUAAAAACCAAAUAAAGAAAAUAGCGAGAAGGCAAAGACUGCUGGAGAAAGUAAAAUCCAAUAGAAAGCAGGAAAGGAUAAAAAGAAAAGAACGAAGACGUCUUCGCAUAGCAAAUGGUGAUGUGCAACCUAGGGCUAUCAAAUCUAUGAGUAGUAAAUGUGCAAGCAACAUUCGUGUGGCCAUUGAUAUGAGCUUUGAUCAUCUAAUGACGGAUGGGGACAUUGCAAAAUUACUAAAGCAGCUACAACGUUGCUAUGCUGAAAAUAGACGAGCUGAACACGCUUUACAGUUUUAUAUAACCGGUUUAGGUGGUAGAUCUGAGCAGAGGUUCAAAGACGCUGUUAGUGGAUACGACAAAUGGGAUGUUUACAGAAAAUCGGAGUCAUUCUUAGACAUAUUUAAGAAGGAAGAAAUAGUAUAUUUAACGUCGGAUUCAUCCAAUGUCUUAAAAGGUCUUGUGUGA